CUUUUUUUUUUUGCAAGUUCUUUUUUUUUUUGCAAGAUCAGUCAAGAAGAAGAAAAAAUAAGAGAAGAGGAGGAAGAAGAAGAGGAAGAAGAUCGCUCCCCUCUCCUCCAACCUCACCCCCCUACCCGAGUCCAGCUCUCCGGGAGAUGACCAAGUAAAUGCCAGGGCAAUGUCCCGUCGCAAGCAGGGGAAUCCGCAGCACUUGUCGCAAAGGGAAAUUAUCACGCCAGAGGCUGUCCAUGUGGAAGCGGUCAUCAGCCAUGAGGAAGAGAGCCUAGCGCUCGGGGAGCCAGUCGGCCUCGGCAUUGCGGUGGGCGGAGCAGACCCCGACUUAUUAACCUGUGGACAGUGUCAGAUGAACUUCCCCCUGGGAGACAUCUUGGUUUUUAUAGAGCACAAGAAGAAGCAGUGCAACGGCACGGGUGGCAUCUGCUAUGAAAAGAACCUGGAUAAGAGCAGUCCUCCCCCUUCGUCGCGCGCCGAGCUCAGGAAAGUGUCAGAGCCAGUGGAAAUCGGGAUCCAAGUCACACCCGAUGAAGAAGACCGUCUUCUCACACCUACAAAAGGAAUUUGCCCUAAGCAGGAGAACCUUGCAGGGCCGUCCAGGCCUGCAAAGCUGCCGGCGGCCUCCAUAACUGCCUCCUCCCACCCUCACACAUCAGUGAUCGCACCGCCACCUCUCCGUGCUCUGACCUCAAUCCCGCCUUGCCUUAGCCUGCCCUGCUGUGGUGCGCGCGCAGUCUCAGUUGGCGGGUCUCAGACUGAGACGUCAGGCACAUAUGGAUGUCAUUGUCAGUUGUCAGGUAAAGAUGAGCCUUCAAGCUAUAUUUGCACAACAUGCAAGCAGCCUUUUAAUAGUGCUUGGUUUUUGCUUCAGCAUGCCCAGAACACACAUGGAUUCCGCAUCUACUUGGAAACAAGCCCUUCAAAUAGCUCCCUUACUCCACGCAUCACCAUCCCUCCUCCUCUGGGACCCGAGACUGUUGCACAGUCCCCGUUGAUGAAUUUCCUUGGCGACAACAACCCUUUUAGUCUCUUGCGAAUGACAGGUCCCAUCCUGCGUGAACACCCUGGCUUUGGUGAAGGUCGGCUCCCCAACACACCUCCCCUCUUUAGCCCUCCACCUCGUCAUCAUCUGGAUCCACAUCGCCUUAGUGCCGAAGAAAUGGGGUUAGUUGCCCAGCAUCCCAGUGCCUUUGACAGAGUCAUGCGUUUAAACCCCAUGGCAAUCGAGUCGCCAGCGAUGGAUUUCUCUAGAAGGCUUCGAGAACUGGCGGGGAACAACUCCACCCCUCCACCAGUCUCUCCCAAUCGCAACAACCCUAUGCAUCGCUUGUUGAAUCCUUUCCAGCCAAGCCCUAAAUCACCUUUUUUGAGCACUCCACCAUUGCCACCGAUGCCCCCAAGCAGCACUACGCCUCCCCAGCCUCAGGCUAAAAGUAAGUCCUGUGAAUUUUGUGGGAAAACGUUCAAGUUCCAGAGCAAUCUCAUUGUUCACCGACGCAGUCACACAGGAGAGAAGCCCUAUAAAUGCCAGCUCUGUGACCAUGCUUGUUCCCAAGCCAGCAAGUUAAAACGCCAUAUGAAAACACAUAUGCACAAAGCUGGGUCUAUGACAGGGAGGUCAGAUGAUGGACUUUCUGCGACAAGCUCCCCUGAGCCUGGCACAAGUGAGCUCACUGGAGAAGGACUAAAGUCUAGUGAGGCAGAUUUCAGGAAUGAGAGUGAUCCUUCCCUAGGGCAUGACAAUGAAGAAGAGGAGGAGGAGGAGGAGGAGGAAGAGGAGCUGGAAAACGAAAGUAGGCCUGAGUCAAGCUUCAGCAUGGAUUCAGAACUAAGUCGUAACCGAGAAAAUGGCUCCAAAUCACUGCCAGAUGAAAAGUCCCUUGUCCUGGGAAAAGUGAUAGAGAAUGUAAGCCUUGGUACCAUCCAGCAAUACAAUGACAUGCUGGCCGAAAAGCAGAAAAGAAGUGGCUUCAUGAAAAGGUCUUCUGAUCAACGAGACCUCUGCCCUCGAGACCUUUGUCAGAGAGACACUGGUGAUGAAGAUUCAGUAGUGGGGGAACUUGACCGCAAUGAGGAAGGGACAGUUAAUGGAAGAAACUUUGGUCCUGGUGAACCCUUUCCAGGCCUGUUCCCUCGUAAGCCAACCCCUAUCACAAGCCCCAGUUUAAACAACUCAUCAAAAAGAAUAAAGAUAGAAAAAGAUUUGGACUUACCACCAGCAACAAUAAUACCUUCUGAAAAUGUUUACUCUCAGUGGCUGGUCGGAUAUGCAGCAUCAAGGCACUUCAUGAAGGAUCCGUUUCUAGGAUUCACAGACUCCCGACAAUCCCCCUUCGCUACUUCUUCUGAGCACUCCUCAGAAAACGGAAGCCUGCGUUUCUCCACUCCACCAGGUGAUAUGCUGGAUGGCGGUCUCUCAGGGCGCAGCGGGACGGCAAGCGGUGGCAGUACGCCCCAUAUCAGCGGACCUGGCCCCGGUCGACCCAGUUCAAAGGAAGGGCGGCGGAGCGAUACGUGCGAGUACUGUGGCAAGGUGUUUAAGAAUUGCAGCAACUUAACGGUGCAUCGCCGGAGCCACACGGGAGAGCGGCCUUACAAAUGUGAGCUCUGCAACUAUGCAUGUGCCCAGAGCAGUAAGCUGACGCGUCAUAUGAAAACACAUGGCCAGAUAGGGAAGGAGGUCUACCGCUGCGACAUUUGCCAGAUGCCCUUCAGUGUUUACAGCACCCUGGAGAAACACAUGAAAAAGUGGCAUGGCGAACAUUUGCUGACAAAUGAUGUCAAAAUUGAGCAGGCAGAAAGAAGCUAAGGCCCCCCACCGGGUUAAAAAUCAGGGGUCUAGGUAACAUUUAAGUUGUACAGUUUAACUAUUGCCAACUGAGAAAAGCCGACCUAACUUGCCUCCAUAAACGUAACUUAGGAUAAAAUAUGGCAGGUGCCAGAAUUUGGCACUUAAAUAUAACCUGUGUCUACAAACUUCUAGUAAACCCGAGGAUUGGUUAAGGCAGUAAAAAUUGUGAAGCCUUUUAACUGUGCAAUAAUUUCUGUAUUUAUUGGGUUAUUUUGUAUUAUUUUUUUUUUGGCAUGUGCAGGUAUUUUUUUAAAAAACAUUUUUUUUUCUGUUUUAGAUUUCCUUUUACAUUUUUGUUACGUAUCCCAUUCUAAUUUUCCCCAGUAGUAACCUGAGAUUAUUUGCAUUACAGGGGGAGAUGCAUAUCAAUUUAAAUUAUAAUUUUAAAAGGCCGCUGCUUUGGUGAAUCUUACGCUAAGCAUCUGUAAUUUCUUGUGAAGAAGCCAACAUUUUAAUUAAUGAUUUUGUUCACUUUUUCUGGUUUUUUUUUUUUAUUAUAAACCUUUUGGGGUGUCCCUUUUUUAAAAGAGAGAGAGAGAAACAUUUGGACAUUAGAGAAGAUGAAGUAGUAUGGCGGAUAACAAUCUUAAACAUCGUAGCACUUUCUUUUGAAUUUGGAUCUAAUAUGUAGCACUGAGGCUGCCACUAAAAACAGAGGCCUUUAAAGAGAUUUUUGUUGUUGUUGCAAACUUUCAGAAUCAAUAUUAUGAGAGCUAAAAA